AUGUCCCCCGAUCAAGAACACAAUCAACACCCACCCCCAAGCUUCUGGGACUUUAUCCCGGGCUUUGCUCAGAACCGCCCGGGCAACGGUGUAGACCACCACAACCCUCAACCUACUCCCCCAUUCUCGGGCGGCUUCCCCUUUGGAGGGCCGUGGCAUCACGGGCCGCCUCCGCCUCAUCAUGGCGGACCACCUCACCGUCCUCCUCCUCCGGGAGUAGGCCAUGGUCCCUGGGAGGCAGACUUUGAUUGGGGCCAGUGGUAUGGCCACGACCACGACCACGACCACGACCACGACCACGACCGCCACGGCCGACAUUCUCGUCGCCGCGGAUGCCGUCAUCGUGGCCGUCACCACCGACACUGCGACGAAGGCAGCGACGAAGAAGCCCAACGGUCCAGCGCCGAAAAGGAAGCCCCUGAAAAGGGAGAAAAGGGCGACUCCCCCGAGACCAUGGACGCGGACAUGCCGGACCCCGAAGAAGUCGCCCCCUCAGACGGCGAGCACCCGCCUCCGCCAUACGGCGCCGGUCGUCGAGGCGGCCGAUUCCAUCGAGGCGGCCACGGCUGGCGACGCGGAGGCGGAGGGCGCGGCCACCACGGCGGCUGGGCGCCACGACACUGCCCCCGCGGCAGCUCGUUCGACUUCCCCUCCAUGAUGAGAGGCUUCACGAACCACCCCUUCUUCCAAAGCGUGCGCGACCAAGCGGAGCGCCACCGCGCCAACGACGCCGACGCCGACGCCUUCCAGCCCCCCGUCGACAUCUUCACCACCGAGUCGUCCUACGUCGUGCACGCCGCGCUGCCCGGCGCGAAAAAGGACGACAUCGGCGUCAACUGGAACCCGGACACCAACACGCUCAGCGUCGCGGGCGUCGUCCACCGCCCCGGCGACGAGGCGUUCCUGCAGGGCCUCGUGUCGGCCGAGAGGCGAGUGGGCGUCUUCGAGAGGAACAUCACGCUGCCGCCGGCGGGCGUGGCCGACAAGGACAGCGUCGACGGCCUGGGCAUCACCGCCAGGAUGGAGGACGGGGUGUUGGUCGUGGUCGUGCCCAAGCUGGAGAGGGAGUGGACCGAGGUUCGCAAGGUCGAUGUCCAGUGA